GGGAGAAUUCAAUAUGGCGGCGCGCUUGUAGCCCUCGGAUAACAAACUAUUGUUUGUUAUUUUACAAAGAAAGCUGUUAAAAUGUGGUGUUUCCUUAGAUUAAAUUUUGCUGUGCCAAUGCGGUCGCUGUCGUUACAUCUGCGAUGCAAUAAUACGGCUGGUUUCUGGAAAUAUUCACGAUUGCAUUCAUCUUCAGGAUGCAGUGUAUUCAGCGCCUCACGUCAACACGGGAAUGUCACCAGUCGCUUGUGGACCGCGGCCCAGAGAGCUCUGCGGCAGUCAGCCACGCGAGCAUCUAAACGCUCCGAGGCGACACUGAGGUUCAUCCUCGCACCAGCAGCACUUACAGUCGCCGGGAGACUGUUUUACCACACCGUGUACUGCGAGGCGGACCAGAACAACAACAUCCGAGUGGACACUGUGACCAAAACGCCAGAGUUCAAAUGGCGCAUCCUGUGGGAGUUUGUGAAGCCUCAACUGUUUGCGCUGACAUGCGCUGUUGUGCUAGCUUUUGGUGCGGCCGUUUUAAACAUUCAAAUUCCAAUGAUGUUGGGGGAGCUGGUGAAUGUUGUAGCACGCUACUUGAGGGAACACACUGGGAAUUAUGUCCGUGAGAUAAGAGGACCUGCUUUUAAGUUGCUCGGACUGUACGGCAUCCAAGGCUUGUUGACAAGCGGCUAUAUCAUCCUGCUGUCGAAGGUCGGAGAAAGGGUGGCGGCGGACAUGAGGAAAACCCUUUUCGCCUCCCUACUGAGACAAGAUGUGGCUUUCUUUGACGCUAACAAAACUGGACAACUGGUGAAUCGUUUGACAGCGGACAUUCAGGAGUUCAAGUCUUCCUUUAAGUUGGUCAUCUCGCAGGGUCUGCGGAGUAUCACGCAGACAGUGGGAUGCUUUGUGUCGCUUUACGUCAUCUCUCCAAAACUCACCGGGUUGACCGUGGUGGUCCUCCCCUGUCUAGUCGGGGCGGGAGCUCUCAUUGGCUCGUUCCUCCGAAGACUUUCCCGGUUAGCUCAAGAACAGGUUGCCAAAGCAACGGGAGUGGCGGAUGAGGCUCUCGGUAAUGUACGAACAGUGAAAGCCUUUGCCAUGGAGGAGCGGGAGCUACAGUUGUACGCGUAUGAAGUUGACAAAUCUUGUGAAAUGAAUGAAAAUCUUGGGACUGGAAUUGCUGUUUUCCAGGGACUUUCAAACAUCGCUCUCAACUGUAUUGUUCUCGGAACUAUUUUUGCCGGAGGAACUCUAAUUUCGAGCAAUGAAAUGUCGCCUGGAGACCUCAUGUCUUUCUUGGUUGCUUCCCAGACAGUGCAGAGGUCCUUAGCCAGUAUAUCUAUCCUAUUUGGGCAGAUGGUGAGAGGAACAAGCGCUGGUGCUCGUGUUUUUGAAUAUUUGUCGUUGAAACCUUCAAUUCCUCUUUCCGGCGGGGGACGCAUUCCGUAUCAUUCUCUGACAGGACGAGUUGAUUUUCUCAACAUUUCAUUCAGUUACCCAACAAGGCCUGGCCAUCAGAUUUUGGACAAGUUCAACUUAACGCUGCCACCGAGCAAAACAAUCGCCAUUGUCGGGGAAUCUGGAGGCGGCAAGUCUACAGUCGCGUCCUUACUGGAACGUUUCUACGACCCGACGAGCGGCGUCGUAAUGUUGGACGGACUCGACAUUCGAACGCUUGAUCUCUGCUGGCUCAGGGGACAAGUUAUCGGAUUUAUUAAUCAAGAGCCUGUUCUGUUUGGAGCGUCUAUCAUGGACAACAUCCGCUUCGGGAAGCCCGAGGCCACCGACGCUGAAGUCUUUGACGCUGCCAAACAAGCCAAUGCUCACCGAUUCAUUACGACUUUCCCAGAGGGAUAUAACACCGUGCUAGGCGAACGCGGGGUGACGUUAUCAGGAGGCCAGAAACAGCGCAUCGCCAUUGCCCGGGCCCUCGUUAAGAAUCCAACCAUCCUGGUACUGGACGAGGCCACCAGCGCCUUGGAUGCUGAGUCAGAGCGAGUGGUGCAGGAGGCUCUGGAGCGGGCCAGCCGGGGGCGCACUGUUCUAAUCAUCGCCCACCGCCUGAGCACCAUCCAGGCGGCUGACCUCAUCUGCGUCAUGAGCAACGGAAGCAUAGUAGAAGCUGGAACUCACAUGGAACUGCUGCGCCGAGGCGGAUUGUAUUGCGACCUGAUCCGAAGACAAAGAGCUGAGGGCCAGAAAUGAACCACGCUCAAAUAUGUUUACCGGAGAUGCUAAUUUCACAUCCAAUCAGUCAAAUGAGUUAAGAUAUAAGAGAUUUUAGUUUAAGUGGACCAGAUGUGGGAAAAAAACCAAACACUACUACAAUGUCUUUAAGAUUUCUAAAUAGAAUUUACCUCUAUUCAAAGCUUACUGUACAUGACUAUUGUGAAUAAAGAAUGCUUUAAUGAAAUUGUC